AGGCAACACACAUCCACCUACCCCUAAUUCCUUCCCGUCAACCAUGGCUUCCUUAUCCCUCAUCUCCUCUCCUCCUCUUUCCUCCUCCCUCCUCCGCCGCCACCACCACCAUCACAAUGCUCGCCUCAUCUCCUUCAAUUCUCCUCGGUAUCUCAGCAUUAAAGCGUUCUCUGCUCCAUCCCCUGUCCAACCACUGACCCAAGACGAUCUCAAGAAACUCGCAGCCGACAAGGCUGUAGAAUACGUCAGCUCCGGCAUGGUUCUCGGACUCGGCACCGGUUCCACCGCCGCCUUUGUGGUCUCCAAGAUCGGCGAACUCCUUGCAUCCGGCCAACUAAAAGACAUCGUCGGCGUACCCACCUCGAAAAGAACCCAAGAGCAAGCCGCCUCACUCGGGAUCCCUUUAUCCAUCCUCGACGAUCACCCCAAACUCGACCUCGCAAUCGACGGCGCCGAUGAAGUCGAUCCGGAUCUCAAUUUGGUGAAAGGGCGAGGCGGCGCCCUCCUCCGUGAGAAAAUGGUGGAGGCGGCAUCGGACAAGUUCGUGGUGGUUGUGGAUGAUUCGAAGCUUGUUUCAGGUUUAGGUGGAAGUGGGCUGGCAAUGCCGGUGGAGGUUGUGCAGUUUUGUUGGAAGUAUAAUUUGGUUAGGCUUCAAGAAUUGUUCAAAGAGGAAGGGUGUGAUGCGAAGUUGAGAUUGGAUGGUGAUGGAAAGCCAUAUGUUACUGAUAACAUGAAUUAUAUUGUGGAUUUGUAUUUCAAGACUCCGAUUAAGGAUGCAUGGAGUGCAGGGAAGGAGAUAUCGUCGUUUGAAGGCGUGGUGGAACACGGGUUGUUUCUGGAUAUGACCACCGCUGUGAUCAUCGCCGGAAAAGAUGGGGUUAGUGUGAAGAGCAAGUGAGAAAAUGGGGUAUAUGAAAUCUUGAUCAAGCAUGGUGAUGGUGUAAGUUUAUAUGGAUUCUUGAAAAUUUUAUUGUUAUGAUGAUGAUGAUGAUGAGUUACUGUAAACUAGAUUUAUGUGUGGAUUAUUGACAUUGGGAAUAAAUUGAUUUUUGAAUUGAUCGGAA